UAUAAUGCGCAUGCGCAGUACAUGCUCUUCGGUACUUGGGGUAAUGGCUGCGAGGUGAGAUGAGCGGAUCGGCCGCAUCCUUCGAGUGUGAGGCGCUUCCAUCGAGAGGACCGUUAACUCGGGCGGUGCCGAGUUAAAAUGGUCGAUAUCCGACCCGAAAAGCAUCCCGAGACUGUUGUACAUACUGCGAACAUCGUCCUUCAAAUUGCACCCACCGUUAACAUCCCGUCGUAGUGGUCAGUUCUGCCUGCCGAUCAGAGGUAAACCUGAGGCCAUGGCAGUGAAGGACCGUGUCGAGGCGGUGCUCAAUGUGGGUCUGCGAGUUCCCAGCAUCAUGCUGCUGGACGUCCUGUACCGCUGGGACGUCAGCUCCUUCUUCCAGAAGAUCCAGCGUUCCAGCCUCUCCAACAACCCCCUGUUUCAGUACAAAUACCUGGCUCUAUACCUGCACUACGUAGGUUACAUCCUGAGCCUGGUGCUCCUGACUCUGCCUCGUCAACACCUGGUUAAACUCUACCUGUAUGUCCUUACGGCCCUGCUACUGUUUGCUGGUCACCAAGUCUCAAGGGACUACGUGCGCAGUGAACUGGAGUCUGGCCAUGAAGGACCCAUCUACCUGGAACCUCUCUCCAUGAACAGAUUCACCACUGCCCUUAUAAGUCAGCUGGUGGUGUGUACACUCUGUUCCUGUGUGAUGCAGACCAAGAGGAUUUGGCUUUUCUCUGCUCACCUCCUCCCUCUGGUGGCCAGACUGUGUCUGGUCCCACUGGAGACCAUCGUCUUCAUCAAUAAGUUCUCCAUGAUCUUCACGGGCCUGGAGGUCAUUUACUUCCUGGCUUCUAACUUGUUGGUACCAUACAACCUGGCCAAGACUGCCUACAGGGAGCUGGCUCAGGUGGUGGAAGUGUACGGGCUGCUUGCUUUAGGAAUGUCUCUAUGGAACCAGCUGGUCCUUCCCGUUCUCUUCAUGUGUUUCUGGCUACUGCUGUUUGCUCUGCAGAUCUACUCAUACUUCAGCACCAGAGAUCAGCCUACCUCAAGAGAGAGGCUCCUUUUCCUCUUUCUUACCAGUAUUGCAGAAUGUUGUAGUACACCGUACUCCCUGCUGGGUCUGGUUUUCACCGUCUCCUUCAUUGCUUUGGGAGUUCUCACACUCUGCAAGUUCUACCUUCAAGGUUACAGAGCCUUUAUGAAUGACAACACCAUGCACAGGGGGAUGACCGAGGGCAUCACCCUGCUGAUCCUCGCUGUCCAGACCGGCCUCAUCGAGCUUCAGGUCAUUCACAGAGCCUUCCUCCUCUCCAUCAUCCUCUUCAUUGUUGUUGCUUCCAUCCUGCAGUCCAUGCUGGAGAUAGCUGACCCCAUAGUCCUGGCCCUGGGAGCGUCCAGAGACAAGAGUUUGUGGAAACACUUCAGAGCUGUGUCUCUGUGUCUGUUCUUGCUGAUCUUUCCAGCCUACAUGGCCUACAUGAUCUGUCAGUUCUUCCACAUGGACUUCUGGCUUCUCAUCAUCAUCUCCUCCUCCAUCCUCACCUCCCUGCAGGUUCUUGGCACUCUGCUGAUCUACGUUCUUUUCAUGGUGGAGGAGUUUCGUAAGGCUCCAGUGGAGAACAUGGAUGAAGUUAUCUACUGUGUCAAUGGGACCUACAGAUUGCUGGAGUUCCUGGUUGCGGUGUGUGUGGUGUGUUACGGCGUGUCAGAGACUGUGUUUGGGGAGUGGAGUGUGAUGGGCAGCACCAUCAUCCUGGUCCACUCCUACUAUAAUGUCUGGCUCAGAGCCCAGCUGGGCUGGCAGAGUUUCCUGCUCAGGAGAGAUGCUGUAAACAAGAUCAAGAGUCUCCCCACGGCCAGCAACACACAGCUGGAACAGUACAACGACAUCUGCGCUAUCUGCUACCAGGACAUGAACAGUGCUGUCAUCACUCCCUGCAGUCAUUUCUUCCACGCUGGCUGUCUGAAGAAAUGGCUGUACGUCCAGGAGACAUGCCCCCUCUGUCACUCGCAACUCAAGGGCCAAUCACCAACCACCACUGCCCCCAACCAAGACGCCCCUGUGGCCAAUCAGAGCCCUGCAGAGCAGGACGAAGCCAAUAAGAAGCAGAAAGAUGGCACUCCAGAUGAUGGGAAGGAGGGGGGAACAGGAGAGCAAGGGGGAGAUAACAGACCUGUCAUAUCAGCUGGAGAAACCUCCUCCUCCUCCUCCUCCUCCUCUGGUGUACCCUCUGCUCCCCAGAACCUGAAGACUUCAUCAUCAUCUUCCUCUUCUUCUCCUUCCCCACUUGUGACUGAAUCUAAGAACCAGCUGCCCUCAGAUCAUCCCUCGCCAUCUUCCUCCGACACAUCGGACAUGUCCCCCUCCGUCUCUCACCACUCGUCCUCGCAGGCUGAACCUGAGGAAUCAUCAUCACCACCAUCAUCAUUAUCAUCACCACAACAGCCUGACCAGCCCACUUCCCCUUCUGAUGAACAGUGUCCUCCUUCAUGCAGCCUCUGAGCCCCCUCGCAACACAUUAGACAUACAUGCAUGCACAUAUAAACACACAAUCUAAAUACUCCAUCUGCCAGUAUUCUGCCUGUAUUCUACUCGUCCAGCGGUCGGCUAUCCCAUCAUGUCAGAAAUUCAACUCCAUAUUCCUCCGUUUUCAUUUGGAGGAAAAAAAAAUCCAAAACAAUCUCUAAGCAAAUAUUCAUCACUCAGCAUUUUACAGUCUUGGAACAGAUCAUCUCAGUGUGUUUCCAUGACGAGUUUAACUUUCAUGCCAGCGAUGAUUUCAUUAGAGCGGGCAUAACUUUUUCCAUGGGUUUCUUUUUCCUUUCCCACAAAAAGGGGACAGCAGUAAUCUCAUCUCAUGAAUAAUUGGGAGUUCUACAUCAUGUCCACGAAAUGUGAAAUCCUGAAUGAAACUGAAGUAUCACUCAAUUAUUUUUUUGCUGUUUUUCUUAGAACUUCCCAUUGAUAUUAGUCCCAUGGUGACACUGAUAGAAUCAAGCUUAUUUCCUUUCAGUCCCAAACAUUUCAUGUGAUGGUCGUUCCCAUCCUGCCUUCGGUUUGUGCAGCAGCACUGUCGUUGCUGUACACUUCGUAGUAUUUGGUUUCUCUCUGUAGUCCUGUAUGUGCCAUGAUCUGUGGACGAAUGGUUCAAAGCAUUCAGAGAGCCUUGACGGUUGCGUUUUUAAACAGCGAUUCACAAAGUACAAAUUUCUCCAUUGGUUUUGAUAAAGAUUUGUGUGUAUUGGAGAAUACAGAGAGCAUCAAGAGAGAUUGAAUGUUGUUUUUCUCGAGGCCAUCACAUGACCUGAAGCCUGGUGCUCAAAGAGGAUACAUGAUGUGGUCUAGUCAAAUGUUCACAUGGAAGACAAAUUGAUUUCAUGUGUCAAAGCUUCAAAUCAAACUUGUUUGGCUGGUCCCAGCAACAGCAGCUUCACUCCUCAUCGCCAAACUUUUGUAUUCCUGUUGAAGAAAUGUUAUUUUUAAGAUAAUUUUUACAUUGCCGCUUUAUCAGAUGACGCGCAGUGCAGACAGACUGAAAGUGAGGGAGAGGACGGGGAAGACGUGCAAGAGAGGCCACGUUUUAAGCUUGUAUCUGACCCUUCAGUGGAGCGAAGUGUAAAUUAGCCCUCAGAGCUCAAACUUCGUCGUCGUUGGCUCUCAUUAAUUCAUGGUACUUAUCCGCACUCGUCGCCCCGAGAUCAGCUGAUUCACACACACACGCUCACUGAACCAGGACAUCCGAUGUUUGUCGUGGAGCCGGCAGUCGUUGACUCUUUCACGGCUCCAUCCAGUCGCAUCAGAGCACCCUCACCAUCCUCCUCCUCCUCCAUGAAAUGUUUCUACCAGCAAAUUGAGCCGCUCGAUAAGAAAGCUUUUUCACACACACACACACACACACACACUGAUGGCUCCCGUGACGUGUGUGUGAUGGAGAGUCUGAAGGUUUAAUAGAAAGACUUGAGAACCAGAGAAUGCCGAGUCCUGAUGCACGCUUAUUUGUAGAGCCUGCACGCUGCCACUGUUACCAUAGCGUUUAUUCGUUUGUCCCGCCGUGUUCUCCACCCCGGCUACCGAUGUUUCUUCUUCUGCCAUUUUUGUUUUCCUUUUCUUUUCUUGGAUUGCAUUUGCACUAAUGUCAUUUAUACUAGCGAUGCUCCUAAGCCGUUUCUGUGGCUGUCAGCAACCAAAUACCCUCUGAUGUUGUUUGUGUACGAGGAAACAGCCGAAUCUGUUUGUGUGUAAUGUAUAUAAAUGUUGCCCUGUAUGGCAUCUAUAUUAAACCAGAGGAGUGUUGAUAUAUGAAUAAGAUCGGGGCUCGAUUUCUCCAAGGCUUCCUGGUGGUUCGACAGUCUUUGUUACUGUACAUGUCUGUGGACAAAGACAAACUUGGAAGCUUUCGGGAAGGCGAGCGCUCUGACCUGAGACCAGCCAGUGUUACCGCCUCUCCGGUCUGUAUGACGCGUCCUCACGCUGGUGUGAUCACUCCGGUGCCCUCUACUGUUAGGAGUGGGAUCAGCAUGGCGCAGACGGACAGGAGACGCACUAGUUAACCAUUGACAGUAUUACUUACUACCACUAUUACUAAAGGUCUUAUUACUAUGAAUGACUUUAUCGUUGACAUUGGAAAGCGUUGGCUGCAGGGCUCAGAAUGAAUACAUUAAUACUCGAUGUAGGAUCCGACCUGGCCAGCGCUCGUUUAUCUAUUUGUGUUAAUUUUUUUUUUUUUUUUUUUAAGAGAUGAAAUGUAGAGUUUGAUGUAUUUUGCACAUGUUCCUCUGAAAGGUGAACAUAAGGACAUCUUUCUGUAUUCUCAUCAGCUCCAUUCCUUAAGUCUUUGAUUUCAUACAAAAGCACUUGAAACCUUUUACACACAUUUUAAAACAUCCUCAUACUCACUUGUUCUUUGUUUUUUUUGGUUUUUUGGUUUUUUUUUUUACCAUGGAGCAUUUGAAGCGUGUCAGGCAGAGCGAUCACCUGCACGAUGAAACGUCUCCACGAUGUGAUGACUGUCACUGGCGACUGUAUGUGAAUGUGCAUCGCAGAAUUAAAUGAUACCUGGCAGAGAGUUCUCCCAGCUGUUGAUUCCAGACGUAUUUGCUCUGUUUAUACUCCAUGUUGGAGAGAUUGCAGUAGUUGCAGUGACUCCAGGCGCUGAACUGUGACAUAUUGUUUCAUACUGUCUGGGACAGUUUAACAUCAAAUGUUUUAAUCAAAGCUCCAUGUUUAAUAUUUGACUAUUGAACGUCUUCAUCUGAGAACUGAAGGAAGCUUAUGGACAUUACCUAUUUAAAGUUUUUUAGACUCUUUUAAAUGCAUUAUUUGCAUUUCAAAGCACCUCUGAGAUUUUAGCUGAGGGACUGACUUCAUGUGAAACAGAGCUGCAGACUUCCUUCACGAUCCGUUAUUGCUUCUUCGAAUUGCUUCCUUUAUCCAACAACAGUCCAAAACCCCUCAGAACUCUUCAUUUAAUUAGUUUCAUCAUAAAGAACAAAAAAUCAACAAAUGCUUUAAGUUAAAAAUCUUCAACCAGCAACUAAAACAGGACUGAAACUAUUUUUCUGCUCACAAAAUAAUCAAUCAGCUGAUUGCUUUAUCGGCUCAUCGUUUCAACUGCAUCAGGGAGUGAACCUGUUAGAGAGCAGCUUCUCUCCUGAGCUUUAAUGUGUUUUAAAAUUAUUACAUUAUUGCACUAAACAUGUCAGGUCAUCAGAUUUAACUUGAUCACUGUCAUCACUGAUUUUCUGCUAAAAAACAACUUUACAAUCAAGCGUUCCCUCGAUGACCACCAGCCAGUGUAAGAACUGAAGUCGGUCUCUCAUCUGAAAUCCAGAUGUUUCUCAGACAAUACUUUGCAAAACCAUGAAUAUAACAUUAAAAAUGUAAGCAAAUAUGAUGGAAUCAGUAGCUGCCACAGAUCUGUAGAGGACGGGGCUCUGCCGCCUCGUACUGUCGCCUCUGACUGAGACUUACUUCACAUCUCUGUUUAAUUUCUCUUCUUUACGUCUGGUUUAGUUUUUCCACUCACACAUUCAGGACCUGCUCUGUCAAACCGGACUCUGAAUGCCAGUUAUGUUCUGUUUAAAAAGCCCCACGGUUGACUUGUGGACUUGAUGCCUGGCAUUGCCUUUGGUUAUUUUACAAAAAUUGAAUGUCAGAAAUAAAACGAACCAUCCACUCUGGA